AUUGAGUGGAUACGGGAUUUGGUAUCCGGAAUUUCUCUCACUUCGUCCUGAUUCUCGCGUUCAGCUGAUGAUGUGGAAAAGGCCAAGAAUUGUCAGCUUUUAUCGCAGGAAUCUGGUAAGCGUUGUGCUGUAAUGGAAUAUACACGUUCACUCAACGGAUACGAGGCCAUCAGUCGGUUUCUAUCAGUAAAACAGGCACUUCGGUCCGGACGUCAGUAACCUUUGGGACGGUGCUAAACAGAUUGAAUGGCUUGGUGAUGGCAUAAAGGAGCUGCAGCCGAGGGAGAGUGAGUGUUUGACCAAAGGACAUUGGCUCCCUAAGGAUACUACGAUUCAAUCGUUACCGUACACAGGCAGGCCGUCCGUCAGGUGAAUAGGACAUCAGCAACUUUACUGGAAUACAUGUUAGAUUGGAACCGAAAUUACUUUCACAACGUAUAUAAUGUUUUAACAUGCAACGACGAUUUAAUCAACAGCUGGACAAUCUACUACCCUAACUGUCUUGAGGAUCUAUGUUAAAACGUCUUCGAAAUGUUUUCGAAGUAAAAUCACUUUAAUCCCAGCGUAGUGACCAAUACCCGUUACAUUUGGCAGCGUUGUACGCAUGUCUGUUUGGCUGUUGGCUAUCGGCCGAGAAGUCCAUGACAGCAUCAUUUAUGAUGACGGACAGCUAGUGGCUGAGUGCUGUUUGUUAACACGUUAGACAAACGGUUGUCAGCAUUCUUACAGCAUACCCCGCCGUAUAGACGGGUGCCACAUUGGCUGACAAUUGAUGUACAGUGUUAUGUGUGGUGGGGCGAGAAAGUCCGACAGUCGUGAUGAUACAGAUGCUGUAAACUUCUGCCACAGACAGAAGCAGUACCGGUUGCCAUGACACCUGAGAACUGACGCUGGGAGAUAUAAAGGUACUCAUAUUCCCGCCAUAUCUUGAUGUUCGAUGUGGAGUCCUUGGAGAGCGUUCGAUACAGCAUACAAUUCGGAGACGAAUGCUGUUACAGGUGUUGGCUUGCCGAUUACAGAAUUCACAAAAUCUGGAAGACUGUAUGUAACACGUAGGUCGAGUGAUACUGGGAUUCGACUUUCGACCAUUGACAACAUUUGGACGAGCUAGGGUCCAAUUCAAGUCUGUCAGAAAUUCUUAGUAAUAAUAUUAAUUUCAUCGAGUUUGAAUUAAGAGUGUUGAUGUAUACAGUUUAUCACAGACAUGGACAUAUAAGUGAUGUCGUGCUGCCAAACAUAUUACCGCCGUGGAGUGCGAACGCCUCAAUGAUGACUGUCCUUAUGGCGGACUAACCACAUUACGGCGGCUCUUAGCAAUUAAAACCCCAGCAUUACGACCGGGACUUGUUACGUCGACUAUGAUUAAGGAGCUUGCGAUUUGAGACACCACUCCCAAAAUGUGUUACACGUCGGUACUCGUGAUAUCAGCGAUAACAUAUCGACUCUAUUCUUCAUUAUUUAUCAUUUCCACAUGAAGGAUUCUACAGGACAGUUGUUUUCCUCCGGAAAGAAAACAUUCAGUGUUUCUUAAUUCAAAGUUCACACUGUGCACUGUGCUUGCAUCAGUUUGCUGUGUGGGGAUAUCAUAAACAGUGCGCAUUAGUUUUAAAAAUAUCAGAGCUAUUAUUGAUCAAAUAUUCUACUAGAUUGGACAUCUCAUAUUAGCACCAGUUACAAGCAUAAGAGGCGAUAUGAACGGUCAAAGGUCAAGGAAACACUUGUACUGAUGGAGGCGAUAUCGGCGAUACAGACAUGGUAUUAAAUGUUGGCGAACGUCGUACAUCAGGGCAUUAGUUGUUAUAGUUAUGUUGAUAGACACAACGUUUUUAUGUAGAGUGAAAGUCUAGCUCUAUAUUCCGAGUGAGAUAUUAUCAGACAAGUCGGUAGGAACCACGAUUCAUGUUCGUCCUCGGCGUGAGUGGGAUUCGGAUCGGGUUUACAGCUAAUGCUACCUCCUGUUGAAUACAGCAGCGAAAUUUAAAACACGGGUUUGCAUAAAUGAAGCCUUAUCUGUUUGGACGUAAUACUCCGGGACAACAGUUGACGUUAGACGCUUAGAUUAUUCUUCUGGCCUCAAAGUAAAUCCUCACAGCUCUAGAUCACGGAAUAAUCUUCUUUCGGAGGCUUAAAUCGGACGAUAAAUCAGAAAGCGUCAGCGCUUUCACAGCACGCGAGUCUUUAACAAUACCAUACAUCACGUGUGACUGAUUUGAGAAUUGAUGUUAUUGUUUUACACGUCCAGGUCUUACGGAUGUUUGUAUAACAGGGCAUCAUUUAGGCAGCACUGCUCAACACCUCUCAAACAAAUCACGACAGAUGGCGCCAAUUUGGAUGUGAUACAAAACCAAAUAUAGAGCAACUGUGUUGAUCUUUAAUAAAGGAUAAUAGCUAACAGUCUAGCAUUCCAUUUAUAACACUUAUGUGAGUUCGCAGUGGACGGGUAACACGGUUAGACAUACAUGUUUAUGGUUUGUCAGGACGUGAUAAGCACAUAGAACACCAUAUAUUCACAACAAUAAUGACGUCACAUAUUCGUUUCUAGGAGGAACGGCAUGGUAAGUGUAAACUAAAGGUCUAAGACACAGUGAAUGCAGACAGUGAUUAACAAGUCGUGUAACAUUACGAUUGUAAUAGAUUGGUGAAUCAAUUACCUUUUUAGAUUUACUACAAUCAAAAUGGCAUCGGAUACAGAGAUAACGAAAGAAAAGAUCAUUGUAGACCCUCUCUCCCACGGGCAUACCAAUGUCAUGUCUCUGGUGGGAGGUGGAGGCGCGGAGUAUAACAAGGGAAGACGGAGGAGUACAAUUCACUCAUAUACCCUUACCAACUACCACACUCUCCCCCACGAUCCGGCCACCAUGAAGGCCGUGAGGGACAUGAGCGAGACUAAAGCCCUCAAGAAUGUCAUUGUCCUCGGCUUCGCCUUCAUGUUUAUAUUCACAGCAUUCAUCUCUCUUCAAGGUCUUCAGAGUACCAUGAACUGGGAGGGUGGAGUAGGAGUUGUCUCCCUUAGCAGCAUGUAUCUCACCACCAUCCUUUCUUGUAUCGUUGCGCCAUUUAUCAUCAGAAAACUAACAGCCAAAUGGACCAUGGUAAUGUCCUUCAUAUUCUUCACCGGAUAUUUCGCGGGGAAUUUUCAUCCGGAACAUUAUAUGUUGCUCCCUUUAGGAGUUGUGCUAGGAUUUUUGGCCGGUCCAAUGUGGAGUGCGCAAGCAACUUCCAUAACCACAAUUGCGCUUGCAUAUGCCGAACAUUCCCACAUACAGGAUCAGGAUAUUGUGAUAAACAAGUUCAUGGGGAUAUUUUGUGGACUGUACAGGACAAGUAGCAUAUGGGGAAAUCUCAUAACUACACUGGUCCUAUCACAGAAUAAGACUUUCUCCAACACAUUUCAGUAUUAUAAUUCGUCAACAAACUUUACGUGUGGCUCCACCUACUGCCUAAUAGAGGAAGGAAUGGAAGACCAGGCCCGCUACUCUGCCGAUACCAUUACGAUAAUCCCUGAGAGUACCCGGAUUAUGUUGUUGAGUAUAUAUCUGGGGUGUGGUGUGAUGGGUGUAGUUAUUCUCAUCUCGCUGAUGGACCAGUGUGACCAGCACAAGGACGAAAGUGAUAAUCUGUCAUCAAAGGAAUUAUGUUUGGCCACGCUGGAUAUGUUGAGGGAUUCACGGUGUCAGCUUCUCGCCCUCAUGGUCGUCUUCGUUGGUCUGGAGCAAGGAUUCAUGUUUGGCGACUUCACCAAGGCUUACAUCUCGUGCACUCUAGGUGUCACUAGUAUCGGGCCGGUGAUGAUAUGUUUUGGGGCCGUGAGCGCUGUAAGCUGUGUCAUGAUUGGAUACUUUGCCAGUAAGCACAUCAAGCGGUUCGCCUUCAUCACUGCCGGGGCCACUUUUAACGUAGGACUACUGAUAGUACUGUGGUUAUGGAAACCAAGUCCGAACGACAUCCCAAACUUCUUCGUGGUAGCCGGAUGUUUGGGUCUGUGCGAUGCUAUUUGGCAAACACAGACGUACACUCUGUACGGCGUCCUUUUCCUCGACAGACAAGAGGCAGCCUUUUCUUCGUACCGGAUGUUCUAUGCUACCGGAUGUGCUGUAGCAUUUGGUUACAGUCACUUCCUGUGCGUGCAGACCAAGGUUUACGUGCUAGGCGGAGUACUCGUGUUAGCCUUGGUCAUGUAUUGUGUGAUCGAGAUGAAAGUUCAAUUACAGAGUCAGCAUAUCAAAGAUAUCGUCGCCUUAUAGACAGAAAUUCAUCCUGAAUCACAUUGCGAGCAGACUAACGGGUUUACAAAAUUCACUGCCGCCGCUGGGAUCGAACCCGGGACCUCUGGCUUACUUGCCUUAUGCUCUACCGAUCGAGCUAGAGAGAGAAAAUCUCUCUAAGUAAGCGGUAUAUUGCGGCUAGUAUUUACUAUGGUUACACAAUGGAAUGGUAAAGAGACCAAGCCUACAUGACAUGUAAUCAUUAAUGACGUCAGACGCUCAUUUGUAUUUUUAUCUUUACCAUAUUACAGGUACAUCGGGAUUACACUUUUACAAAACAAAUAGCCUGGUAAUUUGCUGUAACGUAUCCCAUGUCACCCGUCUAAACACUUUUGUUCAAACGGACGCUUUUAUUGGACAGUCGGAACAACAACUGGCCGGGACAAUAGAUAACUCCAAAGCACUUAAUUGUUAGAAUUUACGGUUCCCAUCCUUACGUCUUGCCUCCAAAGUGUGGAAUACCACCCUCCAGACUCCCAAUAAUCUUAUAGUAAGUCACCCGGCGACCUAUUUCGAAUACCAUUACGCGUGAACAAAGUAUCAAUAGCACAGCAAAUAAUACCCAUACCUUAAAACACCUACUACAUAAACCGUUAGAUCAAUACUAUAAUUAAGGAUCGAUGGGCGUAUCAGGAAAUGUCCGGACGUGUCACAGUUUAUCUCAACCUUGUGUGAUAGUACAGUGAAAAACACUCGUGUCCGACGUGAGAAUACGAUUCUAUCGUUUACCUACCGUGUCAAUAACUAUGCAUAAAAUAUUGUUACGACAUUGGCGCACGAUUCUAGAUUCCAUGCGCUCUACUGAUGAUUUUAAGGGUAUUUCCGAGUGUUAUAGCCGACACAAUCAGAGGCGCGCAUGUGCUACAGGUAUUUCAUAUCAUUCAUACCCAGAAAACCUUACCUGAGCUACUAUUUUUGAUAUUGUGGACAUGAAAAUUAAUGUGGUUUUGUUAUGUUAACGAUGGGUUGACAAAAUACAGAAGUACAUGAUAGCAAUGGAGUUAAGAAAACAGUUUAUCUUUCAGGAAACGAGAAAAGCCCUGUGAAUACCAACAAAGUAUGUGGUAACUUGUAGUGUAAACGAUACAUUUCAUUUUUGCCAACAUCUCCCCAUGUAUCUAUCCUGUAUUAAAAUCGAUGAAUACAACUGAUUUUGUGUGAAAACGUUUCUAUGCAUGUUUUCUUCAUAACUAUUUUUCACCUAAUGGUGUCGGCCAUCGCCCUCGGCAAUACCCCUGUAGUCUUGGUACCAAUGUUUUGGAACGCCUCGGAAUGACCUGUAAUUUCUGAAUUGAUAGACGCCGACCAAGAAAGGCUGUGAUGAUGGGCUCCUCUAGAUACUUUAGUUCCCACUCUGAUUUCAUAUGAACCCGUGUCUGUUUGAAUUAAGCUACGUUUGAGACGGUUGAAGAGGAGGGUGGAUUACGUGAAACUAGGUUUAUUUUCAGCCUUGGAUCUAUAAUAUCAGGAACGUGUCCAGGAUCACCUUGUCAAUAUCCGUGAUCUACACACACAGUAACAUUUCUAUCAAUAUUGUUCGAGAUAUGUGUUCUGCAUUUUGACUGUUGUAAACUAAACAUCCGUCUAGAUUCUUUAUCCGUCUUUGUCCAGUGUGUCCGUACACUCAAUAUACUUGUGGGCCGCAUUAAGGUUCUUAUAUUGCUGUUAACGGCCAAUUAACACGGGGGAAUGUCAUUAGGGCCAAUAAUGGAUGGGUCAAGUAGGUCAAAUCAUUUUGUCAAUAUAUAUAUUCCUUAAAUAAAUCCUCGUUCAACCUCUAAAAAGUUCGGAUGGACUUGUGGAUUGAUUAUGACCCUUUCAGUGUACAUUAGGACGUCUGUCCGGCCGUCUAGUGUAUAGUGUAGUGAAGCCAUCCUUUUUACCUUCAAACCUGAUACACGUUAGUAAAGUGUUGAGUUGAUUUCCUUGAGCGGUACGCAUAUCAUCCUGUCAUUGUGGUGGACUGCUGUUGAAAAAAUGAAAUUGUAAACGAGGCUCUGUCGUUAUUCUGUAUAGUCAACAUCAUACAUGUAUGUGAUGUCCAAUACGUAUCAGUGUGUGGAAGUUAAUGAACUUAAUUUAUUUUGGCAUGUUAUGUUUCAUUUUAAAAUAAAAUGUACGACAUAAAAAA